AAAAAACAGCCGACUCAUUGAUAUCAUAGACAUAUCCGUCUACAUGUAGCGAUGAAUGAAGGUUAGGGAAUAUAUAGGUAUGUAGGAAUUCAAGUGUAUGAAUGUUAACGCGUUAUUACCUAGAGUUAAAUUGCAAAAAGGUGCAUUUCGGAAAACCCAAUUGAGCUAUUAGAGCUAUAUCUGUAGAGUGAAAUGUCUUUGUCGAGGCUUCCUGGUUCCCGAAGAGCUGCUGCUAUUGCAUCAGGGCUUGUAUCUCCACCGACCGCGGCUUCUCAGGCUCAUCCGGCAUCUUUUCUUUCUAAUUCCAACUCUAACUCCAAUCUCAAUUCUUCAACCUCAACAACUCAAUCACCCAAAAACUUUACUACACAAUCAACCCCUUUCAAACAAUUCAACACUAGACAAACCUGCAAAAUGUCGACAAUGCCAGCUCAGCACGGCCACUCCGAGGCCUGUUGCAAUAUCCCGCCCGUAGUUUCCAAGGGAUAUAACGCAAAGGGUAGCUAUGAGGAAAUCGGAGGUUUCAACUCAUACGUUACCGGUCCUCAAGGCGCAACUAAAGGAAUAGUCAGUAUCUUCGACAUCUUUGGUUUCUACCCGCAAACCCUCCAAGGCGCCGACAUCUUAGCAACUUCGGAUUACUCGCAAAAAUACAAAGUUUUCCUCCCAGAUUGGUUCCACGGCGAACCCGCACCUCUAGAAUGGUUCCCACCCAACACCGAGGAGAAGCAGAAAAAGCUCGGUGAUUUCUUCCAGAAAUACCCACCACCUAGCGUCGCCGGCAAAGUCCCAGACUACCUUAAUGCGCUCAAAGCCAAGUACCCCGAGAUCACAAGCUGGGCCAUCAUGGGUUUCUGCUGGGGCGGCAAAGUAGUAUCCCUAGUAACCUCCCAAGCCUCCACUGGAUUCUCCGCUGGCGUCGAAGUGCACCCCGCCUUCGUCGACCCCUCCGACGCCGAAAACAUCAAAAUCCCACUCGCGCUCCUCGCCUCCAAGGACGAAACCCCCGAAGACGUCGAAAAGUUCGCUAAGAACCUUAAGGGCCCUAGCUACAUUGAAACUUUCGGCGAUCAGAUCCACGGAUGGAUGGCUGCGCGCUCGAACCUAGAGGACGAGCGCGUGAGGGCGGAAUACACGCGUGGAUAUGAGACUGUGCUGAAGUUUUUAGCGAAGCACUUGUAAGACGUUAUUCAGCUUAGGAUUCAAGUGGGCAAAUGAUAUCUAGCCUCUGCAUCUAAUGGAGUAGCCUUUCGUCUCGCUUUUCUGAGCGACGAAUUGAUGGUAGCUAGCUUAUGAAAUUUACGAUACGAUAUCAACGCAUUAUUCUCCACGUGCGGGCGCAUGUUUAAGUCGCACAAGUAAGACACACCAUA